GAUACGGGACUUGCGGAAGUCUGACAGAUUACCCACGUGUACUUCAGUUUUCUAUGUUUUGGUUUUUUGUUUACACUUGUAUCUAUUGGUCUAUAUACCUGUCAAUCACAAUUAAGCUGAUGUCCGUGAGACAGGAAGUGACACUAUAUAAGAUUGUAUUUGCUCAGUUUGGUUUAUGCAAUUGAAAAAGGCUAAGCAGCCGAAACGCGUCUUGCGUUUGCGUGUGUUAUAUGCACAAUAAAAGCAUUUGAAAAAGAAGCCGGUGCCGGGAGUCUUUUCUACGAUUGGAUUUGUUAACCUCCAUGUGCACGGCAAACAUCCAGUGCCGCCCUCUUACCUUUACUUACUCUACUAAGGAGCGUGCACGGAGCACCACCAGAUGUCGAAUCCCAUGUUUAGUGAAGACGAUUCUGAACGGAUCUUAGCUGAUGUGGGUACUUCCGCGGAUUUUCUGCAAAUACCGGCUAGCGAGGUAAAGAAACGCAAACUGGAGCGGGAAGUGCGAAGAUUGACAUCAUAUGACUUGCAUUCAGUGACUCUAGCGGAAUAUUACCGCACCAAGAAAAUACCCCGGGGAUUACGGGUAUCAUUGAGACCUACAUUAUUUUCUGAUAUACCAAGUUAUUGUGAUAAAUUUGAACAGAUAUUGAAUAAGUGUUCUAUGGACAUUAUUCUCCUCACCAUUGAGCAACUACAAGAAACUACAGCCACGAUCAAAAGUGAAAUCUCUACGAUAGAGCAACAAUUGAAAGAUACAUUAAAAACUGAAGAUUUUGCGAAUCUGAAGGAAUCCCUCACCACACAGAUUGAUACCUAUCGCAAGGAGUUGGAGCAAAGGAAACGUAAGAAAUAUUUAAGAGACACAGAGGAUUACCUGCAGAACAAGGUGUACAGAUGGAGGGAUACAUCUUUCAGAGGUUUUUACAGACCGCAACAAGGAGGAGAUUACAGAUCUUCCAGUUCUGGCAGCGAUUAUCCAACCUCUUCAUAUCGUGGUUCGCGUCCAAAUUUUCGGCGACGCCCCCGGCGAGGAAGAGCAGACGCGGGGGGCGAAAUCAUAGGAGAACCGACAAGCAGCGUCAUGACACGAGCUCAGAUACAUAGUAUACUCACAUAGAUACGGGACUUGCGGAAGUCUGACAGAUUACCCACGUGUACUUCAGUUUUCUAUGUUUUGGUUUUUUGUUUACACUUGUAUCUAUUGGUCUAUAUACCUGUCAAUCACAAUUAAGCUGAUGUCCGUGAGACAGGAAGUGACACUAUAUAAGAUUGUAUUUGCUCAGUUUGGUUUAUGCAAUUGAAAAAGGCUAAGCAGCCGAAACGCGUCUUGCGUUUGCGUGUGUUAUAUGCACAAUAAAAGCAUUUG